CGGCUUUGUUGUGCCGGAGGAUCUUUCAGCCCAGCCUGAAAUGGCAGAUGAUCUCAUUGGGCUGGAUCUGGGGAAGCCCUGUCACUCGCAGCCAGGCAAGUUCGCCGCCCACGAACAGCUCAGACGCUGGAUCCUCCGGCCUUGAGAAAGUUCCUGUAGGCGCUGGGUGGGUGCUGGCAGCUGCCCCCAGCCUCGGCCCCCCGCCGGCACACAGGGAGCCGGCCAGGAGGAAAAGACCCUUGUGCGCCUGGAGCCCGGGGAAAGCCCCGCUUUGUUUUCUGUGGACACAGCGCGUGUCUGGUGGCCGCCCAGCCUCAGCUGUGUCCUGUGGAGUUUCCUGGACUCAGGAGAAGCCCCCAGAUGAGUGCAUCAGCAGUGUCCCAGGGAGGGUUGACCUGGGACUGGCAGGACGCCGAGGGCUGGGGUGGCCGCCAAACCUGGCUAGAGCUAUGCAGCCUGGGGCAGAGCACGGGCUGGACUUUCCACUUGGCUGGCCACCACAGAAACUUCAGAAACAGAAAGCUUUGUAGUACGGAGGCUACUUUAAUUCUUUGGACUUGGACAUUGCUGUUACUUGUUGUUGGUGUUUAAUGUAUAUGUGCCGCAUCGCAGAGUACAGCUCCGGAGUCACAGCCACACACCCAGUAACUCUGGCCUUGAGCAAGUCACGUUACCUUUCUGAGCCUCAGUUUCCUCCCCUGUUGAAGGGGGCGGCGGUACUGCUCCUAGGGCUGUCGGGAGCAUGUACAUCACACGUGCCAGGUGCCUCACACGUGGCCGGCCCUCAGUAAACGGUGGUCCCCUCUCUUCCCUUCAUCCCCCGGGAGCUUUGAAGAGGCUCUUGGUCGGCCUCUAUUCUUGUUCACCUCCCAGAGGUUCCUGGCUUCUUGGGAACACCCACCUUUCCUCGGGAUGCAGGUGAUGUAUGGGCCACCUGCCAGAGCCUCCAGGGAAGAACUGCCCCGGUUGUCCAAGGGCCAAGGAUGGUGUCAUUGCCGUCCCACACCAUCGCCGCCCUACAUCCCGCUGGUUGCCAUGGUGAGUGACAGCUCUGAGGACAGCCCAGGGAAAAACACUAGGGCUGUAAAGUUGAGGCUCUGCCCUGGAAACCACAGAGACCAAGGCCCCUCCUGUGCAGACUGCAACCCGCCCUGCCUGGGAGGACAGCCCUGGAGCCACUGGGGAGUCACAGGAAUCAGCAAGUUACCUGAGGGGAAAUGAUGCAGCUCUGAGUGUCCCGUGUGAGGGCUUCCCCAGCUUGCUGGAUCAUCAUGAGACACUGGGAACAUGCUGUAGCUUUUGCAGGUCUGUGGUCACCCCUGGCCACGACACUACCCAGCUGCGAAGGGAGCUGAAGAGUCACUCUGGACAGGUUUAAAGAAGGGGCCACCUUGGGGCGGGCCUGGAAAUGUCUUUGCAGGCGGCACUGACGUGCCAGCACAUGGACUGCUGAUCUGGGCAACACAUCCUGGAAGCCCAGUCCCCACCCAGCCCAGUGCUGGGAGUGUCGUUUGCACAAUACCCCUCAUACAGCAGUCUGCUGCUGCUCCAAGGAUGUGAUCCAGCUGAGGUUUGAAAGCGUGGUCACUCCAGCUCAGGCGCCAAGGCUUGGUGGGUCUGGCCGGUUUGCCUCCAUGUCUUGCCGACCUCUCCCUCCCAGACUCCAGCCCCAGAGAGGUGCUGUCACCCUCCCCAGAGGGGCUGUGCUGUGAGGCGCCCCCCUUGCAUCGCUGGGCCCCACCGGGAGACUCUCUCUUCCUAGGCCCGUGGUAAAGCUAAUCAAAGGCACCUCCAAGCCCCUAACAUAUCGCAGGAAACGCAAGGAGAUGGGAAGACUGCAUGGACUAGGACUUCUUUUGGGGAGAACACUGCACCUGGUUCAAGGGAAGUCUUGGACAAAACUUUUGGGGUGGAAGUGAGGCCCCCAAGAAUCAUGCUCAGCCCCAGCCCACGGCUGGGGAGCUUUCUAAGGGGCUGGGCCUGUGGGCCUUUGGUCUUUUGAGGAGCUGGGUUUGGGCUGGAGCUGAACUGCUCGGUCCAUCAGGGGUUCCUCCUUCCCACCCUCUUCCCACCCAGCGCCCAGGCCCUCCCCAGUCAGAAGUAUUGACUCAAUGCUACAAGAACAUCACCUUGUUGUGUCCCCAGUUCUUAAUCUCCCUAGAUCCUCGUGUCCCCAGCCUGCCCUGGGCCACAGCACAUCUGCAUCCAGGCCCAAAGCCAACCCCUUACUCACCCUGCAAACCCAACUGAAGUGGCUGGUCCUUUGGGAAGCUCAGUGCAAGGCCAUCUCAACUCUGCACGCCAAGCCUAGGCCCCUUUGCAGUGGUGGGAAGAAGAGAGGUAGCCACGGAUAAGACACUUGUAGAAAAUGAGCAAUUGACUGAGUCUCAAACACUGGAAGAUUUUCAUGAGCUAAUAACUUUAGCAGAAAAAGAAAAAUUGCUGAACUCAUAAAUUGUGAUUUUGCAUGCUCAUCUAUUUCCACAGCACGUUGCUAGAUAACUAAGAGCUUGUUCUUUGAUUAUGGCCAUUUAGUGAAUGGAAUUCUAACAGGCUUGUUUGAGUCUCACGAGCCUUGCAGUUUGCACCAAGAAGCUGUGCGUUCCAGCACUUCCAUCUGGCAGAUGGCCUCCCUGCAAUGCGCUCAGAAGUCAGGAGAACCUCAGCAUCCACAGAAGCGCGAUUCAUCAGGGCAAUUGUUUUCCCUGCUGUGAACAUGACACCUCCCUGGGUUUCUGAGGGCAACCCACACAGGAAGGACCUGGUUUCGCAUUCUCUGUGGCAUUCAAAACCACAUGGAGCGUCCAACAUGCUUUUGUUUCUGACAUUGAUCUUCCUGCUCACUUUUUGUCUCCCUGAAAACUCUGCUGCAGCCACGAGCCAGCCCACGUGCAGUGUGGCAAAGCCCUGGGCUAUCCUCACCCCGGUGGGGACUGCGGUGUUGUGUCCCGUGAGAAGCCUGACGUUCCCUCAAAGUCUGAACACUGAACACCAAUCAAUGGUUCUGACCGGAGGCUGUCUGGAAUCAGGCUUUGCUAAUUGUUAUUUUUAUGAGAAAAUUACUUGUUUCUGUUCCUUGCGGACCAGAAGAAGGAAAACAACUUGAGCCAGCAGCUGAACGGGAAGGCGAAGCCCAUUAGCUCCCUAAUGAGUUACGAGUAAGAGCUGCGACUUGGUGCCGCCUCCGGAAGCAAAGGCGCAGGAGGCAGCGGCUCCGUGACGACUGCUGGUCCAGCCCGAGCCAGUCCUUUUUUGGGAACUUCUGCAUCUUAGGUUCUCAGUCCGCAAAACGGAGACUCGAAACCUGCUGAAUUAUGUCCGGCCACCCUACUCAGGGUCAGCCUGUUCUGAGAGGCAGCCUGUCACAGACCAAUUACAGGAAUGUUUCUAAAGCAAACAAAAGCCCAGCAAUUUGCACUGAAAAACAAAACACGUAACUUCCUGAAGAUACGUUAUUGUCUGAAGAUGGAAGUCUGUGAUUUUGAAGGAAAAAACAAAGUUUUCUUCAAGGAAGGGAGUAUGGGGUGCCCGCCCUGCGCGGGCCCUGACCAGGCGCUGGGGACGUAGAGGAAUCAGCACGGUGCCCGCCUUCGGGCUCUUCCUGCAGUGGGAGGAAGGGACCCCGUGCAGCCAGCUCUGAGCCACAGGACGGCGAGGACAUCCCCAGGGAGCAGGCACUCGGCAGGACCUGCAGGUGUGACGGAGAAUGAGGGCACCGCUGGGCCAAACCCAGAGGCUUGUGGGGCGGUCAUGCAGGGAGAUGGCACAGAGGAGUGGGUGCGGGCCCAGAGCGGGAAAGACCUGGGGUGCCAGGCGGGGCUGGGUGUUCUGGCUGCUCUCUGAGUUCACCGCCACCCUCCCAUCGUGGGGCCCCAAGAGGCUCCUGUUGCCCAAUGUCAUUCCCAGACUGCAGGGCACUGGGCCGAGCCCCAGGGCUCUGGCCUCCACUUCAUCUUCCUCGUCUGUUGCCAUCUCGCCGCUUCUCUUCAUUGCUGCUCUAGUCCACAGUCCCCAAGGAAGUGUCAGUGCUGAGGGGACAGAACAGCACAUGUGCCGCUCUCCACAGGGCCCCGCCACGGUGGGACCUGCAGUACAAGGCAGUCGGGUUGGGGCAGGAGCCCAGCUGGGAGCUGGGAGGCCUGGCUCUGGCGGUGACUCCAGCAUUUCCUGCUCUUUGACCUUGGGUGAGUCACUUUCCCUCUGGGCUUCGGUUUCCUCUUCUGUCAAAUGAACAUGUGUGUAUAUAGUCAUUUCUUUCCUGCCUGCCUUGCUAUUGACAUAAUAGAAGUCAAAGCAUUUGAUAAACUCCAAAACAUACGUCUAUUCUUAUUCCGGCAGGACACUGCCACGCCGGGGGAUUCAGCAUGCUCAGGGCAACUGCCCCCCGCCUCCCCAGGGAUUCCAUCAUUAGCCGUCUGGGAGGACCACGGCAGCUUCAUGUGGCCUGGCCGUCCCCACAGGGCCUGGGCUGGGGCGGAGGAGGCAGGUGCCACAGCAGACAUAGCUCUGGGGCAAGGUCGCAAGGCUGCUCCCCAGGCCAGGGUGCUGCCAGAUGCUGCCACCUGCCCACUCACACAUGCAAUAGUGGGCCUGGCCACAUCCUGACCCUAAGCCCUGGGACAUGCACCUUCCCUUAGCCCUGGAACUACCUCCCCAUUGCCUUUUUCUGGCCUGUGUGCAGAGUCUAAAAAACUAUCCCCAAGAGCCAGCCUGGCUGUGCCAAGGUGCGAAAGCUGCCCAGCAUCCGUGGGGUCUGUGGCUUCCCCCGGCCCUGCCUGUGCCUGCUGGGCUGCCAGGUGCCACGGGGUGAGCUGUAGAGGGAGGACGGCAGUCACCCCACUCUCUGACCCCAGUUCCUGCAUCAACAAAGUUGGCGUAGAGGCGCUCCAGGGCCUGCCACGAUCGCACGUUUACAGUAAUGAGUUUCCUCCCUGCACGCCUGCUCCUCGUGACCGAGCCACGGGUGUGCGGGGUGAGCGAGCUCUGCUCUGAGGCCAGCCUGCUUGUGAUGCAGCACACGCGGGUGACGCGGCAGCUUCAGGCAUUUCUGCAGACCCUCGGAUCUCAACCCGGCCUCACACUCCGCAAGGCCCAGGCUGCCUGCAGACCUGCCCCCAGAUGCCGGCCCAGCAGCAGCCCCCACCCGGGCCCCGCCUCCGUGGUGGUCAGAAGGCCCCCAGCCGAGCCGCCCUCCCCUCCCCCACGCCCAGAGGCUGAGCCUGUCUCUGGCCACCCCGGGGCCUCCUUGCUCCAGCGUAUCCCCCACUCCAGGAAAAUCUGUUUCCGGUGCUGCAGGUCAACCAAGUCCCCUGUGCACGGCUGGGCCUGUGUCUUCUCUGUCCCUGUGGGUUUGCUUCCUCCUUGGAGUCAGGAUUCAGAGUUCUUCACCCCACCCCUUAGUGCCAGCCUAGUGCCUGACAUGUCCCCUCACUCAGUGUUUCUAAAGAGGGAAACCAGGUGGCAGAGGCACCUCUGGGCCCCUUGCCCACGGCUGUGUUCUCCUCGCACCCCAGAGCUGAGAUUGGUGCAUCAUACGCCCCUGACCUCAAAGACUCGCACUAAGGGAGGGUACACGUGGAUGGGAAGUGAGGAAACUGAAGCACAGAGGUACCACUUGUCCAAAGAGGAGGGGGAGAGGGACCAAAGCGGUUCAGCCACGUUGGAACCCAAGUGGGCUGUUCUGAGCCACCCCACCUCCCCUCUGGCCAACCUUUCCAUUUCCCUCCCCACCUCCCUGCAGCAACGCCUGCCCAGAGCCCUUCACUGCUGUUCCCUCUCCCACCUCUUCACCUCCAAAAGUGUCCCACACUUCCAAAUGCUCUCAUCCCCCCUCCUCACCCCCAUGCCCGCUCCCGGUGUCGAGAGGAAAGCAACCAGCUCAGCUAAAUCAUGUGGCGAUGUCCAACGGGUCCUCACAAAGUAGCCUCAUCCAGGGGACGCGAAGUCUGGAGGGAGAGGGAGGCACUCUGCGGGGCAGCUAGCCGCCUGGUGGCCUCUGCUUCCUGGAACUUGGGAAGGCCAGUGAUGAGGGGAUCGUAGCUUCAGAGACUGAAAAACACCUGCAAGGAACGGGAAUCAGAAGCGUCCGCGUUUGCAUGAACGGCACAGGGGCUGGACAUCGUCGCGUUCAGAGGGAAAAGGGGUUUGGUUUGUCCAGUUAUGAGAUUUUGAACCUUGUAUCUUAUAUGUAGACAAACUACUAAUUAAAUACCCUUUCAGACA